UCAUAGCGGACAUUUGUCAGAAGAGUGCAAACGAACCUUCAAACAGUAGUCUUGUGAGGAGGACAUUCCCUGUGAUUGUUCUUGCGAUCGUCUCCUGUGAAAAUCGUCAUCGGCAAUGGAGACGUACGAGAGCGUCCUCCUGGUGAAAUCCGAGGUGUUUGUCUUCAAAAUUCCACCAAGGUCGACCAACAGGGGUUAUCGGGCAGCCGAUUGGAAUCUACAAGAGCCCUCCUGGACCGGACGUAUGCGAUUGGUGUCGCAAGGCGACAGCAUCACAAUAAAGCUGGAAGAUAAGAUCACGGGUGAACUGUUUGCUAAGUGUCCUAUUGAACAAUAUCCUGGGAUAGCAGUAGAACCAGUUACUGACUCAUCUAGAUACUUCGUUCUGAGGAUCCAAGAUGACAAUGGACGGUCAGCGUUUAUAGGUGUCGGCUUUUUAGACAGGUCUGAUAGUUUUGAUCUGAAUGUUGCUCUUCAGGAUCACUUUAAGUGGUUAAAAAAUCGAGAGCAGAUCGAGAAAGAGAAGGAAAAGCCAAAACAAGAAUUGGAUCUNNUCUUUUUAGAACUAGAUGUGAUAUGAUUCAAUAUGAAAAUUUUAAAAUAAUUUUUUUACAUAUUUGUCAUUUAGAAAAAAGAUGGCAGCGAAGUUGCUUCGAAAUCCAGACAACGUACCAAUCCAGCUGUAGGUUUACCGCCUCCUCCAGGUGGUGUCAAGAUUGCUCCACCACCGGCAAAGACUCCUACUUCCUCACCGGCGCACAAGCCAUUACAAAGUCAAAAUCAAGAUGUUACGAGUUCAGAAUGGGGCGAGUUUGCUAGUGCUUCUCAAUCAGCAUCAGCACCUGCACCUGCAUCCACAGUGGCAAAUGCCAGUUGGGUGCAAUUCUAACUUUUAAAAUACAUGUAUAUAAUAUUAUACAUAGAUAUUUUACUUUAGUAUAUACACAUAGUGAUUUUGAAAUGGAUGGUCAAGCUUUAGAAAUAUAUUCCACUCAUCUUUAGAAUUACUGAAAGUCAUCAAAUUUCACAGUAGUGACUAUCUUAAAUAGUCUUGAUGCUGAAUUAAAAUCGUUAAAAAUUUUUGAUAUUAAUGAAUGUUGAUAAAUAUUAUCUUAAUUUUUAAAUUCUUGAACUGAUAAUUUGAGACUGAUUAUUUAUUGGUAUACAGUGUUAAUAUAUAAUAUUAAACAACGUGCAUGUUUAUAUAAACUUGCAAAAAAGUAAGUUUUCUUGAAGAGUUCUAGGAGAACGUUUUCAGAUUGGUGUUAAUAUAAUCUUUUUUUUUUUCUCAAAAUGGAAUAUAAGUAUCUAAAAUUUAACCAUGCUAAAAUCAUUCUUAUAUAUUAAAGUAAAUAAAAUAAUUGAUUAUAUAUGUACACACAUAUGACAUGAUAGACGUAUUAAGCUAGAGAUUUUAAGAUGAUUAUUGAAAGGAUGUCUAUGAAUAAUGGAAAGAGAGUCUGUAUAUUUUCCAAUACUAUAUAGCGUGCAAUGAAAAUUAUAGCAACAUUCG